UCCAGGCUUCCUAACUGCCAAAGAUUCAGAAGAAUAUUCCAUCAUCUUGUUUGUGCAGCCAAGCAACUAAGAACAAGGCCACAACUGUGUCCUUUUCUGUCCCAGCUUCAUUGUUGUGUCUGAGGAUAAGAGCAGAGAACGGCCACCAUAACCCACAGCAUAUUUGAAAAAUCCAAGUCUCAUGGCAUUGGCUUUGAACAGCAUAAUCCCCCACACCAGAGCUUUGAGCUUAAGCACUUCUUUGCCUUCUAAAAAGCCUUCAAGCCCUCAAUUUCAACAGCCUCACAAUCGUCGCCAAAGCACUCAAAUUGUGCAAAGCACUGCCUCGUCCUCCACCAACACCACCCUUUCUGAUGUUAAACUCCAAAUUCAGGAGGACAGCAACUUCAAUCCCACUUCCACUUCUGCCACUGCGUGGUCCGAAUUUGCCAGAAAUGUGUCCGGUGAAUGGGAUGGCUAUGGAGCAGACUUCACAAAGGAAGGGAACCCAAUUGAACUUCCUGAGAAUGUUGUACCUGGAGCUUACAGGGAGUGGGAGGUUAAGGUUUUCGAUUGGCAGACUCAAUGCCCCACUCUUGCUAACCCGGAAGAGCCCGUUCUUGUGUACAAGAAUAUAGAGCUACUUCCCACAGUUGGAUGUGAAGCUGAUGCCGCUACACGAUACACAGUCAUUGAGAAGAACAUUGGUGGUGUGAAUAACGAAGUUUCUGCCUUUGCAUAUCAGUCUAGCGGAUGCUAUGUGGCCGUCUGGCCAGUUGAGGAAAAGGGUAAUAAGUUGUUGGAGUUGGAGUAUUGCUUGAUUAACCCUCAAGAUAAGGAGUCACGUGUGAGAAUAAUUCAGGUCAUCCGUAUAGACAAUAUGAAGAUGAUGCUGCAGAAUACAAGAGUGUUUUGUGAGCAGUGGUAUGGACCAUUCAGAAAUGGGGAUCAAUUAGGCGGGUGUGCUAUCCGGGAUUCUGCCUUUGCUUCUACGGCUGCAUUGAAAGCUUCAGAAGUUGUUGGGACUUGGCAGGGCCCAAGAGCUCUUGCCAAUUUUGAUGGUUAUGGUUUGGAAAAUGAUAAACAGAACUUUUUUCAAGAACUUUUAGACAACAGUGAGCAGAACUCCGUAAGAGAUGAAAGUGGUCUGAUAUUGCUUCCGAAGCAGUUGUGGUGUUCACUAAAAGAAUGUAAAGAUGGUGAUACUUACAGCGAGGUGGGAUGGCUGUUGGAUCAUGGACGUGCAAUCACAUCAAAAUGCACCUUCUCAAGCACAGCAUUGCUGAAGGAUAUCUCAGUAUCAUAUGAAACUUCAACUUUGAAGGCCGCAUAGAAAUUUCGGAUGAGUUCCAAUAUGAAUUAUCUAUCAGUCGCAAUGCAAGCAAAUUCAAACACAAACAUCGAAUUUUAUAUGAAAUGUAUCUUCGACUCUUUUUUCUUUUUCUUUUUGAUCUAGUUGAGGCAAUGGAUAACAACAAUAAGCCAUCGACAUCACGUGGCCAAUAAUGUCAUGUACAAAACUUGUGCUAUUUUGUUCAAACUCAUAGUAAUACAACAUGCUCUGAAAUGUAGUUUGCAAGUUGAAA